AUGGAGCUCCAGAGAAAACAACUGAUUGGGUUUUUAAACCAAGGGAAAGGAUGUGAUUGGUCCCACUUGGCGUCAGCGUUGACAGUGGUGUUUGUCAACUCCAAGUCCCUGUCCUCCAUUAAGGUAGAUGACACAUCGGUGGUGUCACUCAAAGUCCUGGGCCUGAAGAUGAGCAUCUGCCCUCACGUCUCCCCAGCAGGUAUCCUGAGUGUUUCGGACCAGUGCCGUGGUCUCAGGGAACUAGCAUUGAACUUCCACCUGCUGAGCGAUGAGCUGCUAUUGGUCCUCUCCUCUGUUCCCUCAGGAUCCCCCAGGUUACCCCAGGAUCCCCCAGGUUACCCCAGGAUCCCCCAGGUUACCCCAGGAUCCCCCAGGUUCCCCCAGGAUCCCCCAGGUUCCCACACAAACUCCCAGGUUCUCAAGAUCGAAAGGGGUUCAGAGAUCUCUUGGAGAUGA